CAGAGAAGAAGAGGUAAACUUUAACAAUGUUUUAACCUCAAUCGUAUUUUUAUUAUUCUAAGAAUUUCUAGAAGGAAGAUUAAAAAACUGUAUUAUUUGUUUAGUAUAAGAAAUAAUAAAACAGGCAUAACAUCAACCCGCAAUAAUGUUUGGGUUAAUAGUAUCUGGACGACUAGUCCAAACCGAGUUUCAACAAAUUAGUGAAACACAAUUGGUAACUACAAUCCCAGAUGCAGAUAAUAUUAAUCAUAUUGUUGUAUUUUUAACGGGAGUUGUUCCUUUUCCUGAAGGAAUGGCUGGACAAGUUUAUUUCAGCUGGCCUGAUCCCACUGCCCCUCCCAACUGGAUUCCACUUGGAUAUAUCUCAAAUCAAAAACCAUCAGCAAUAUUUAAAUUGUCUGGUAUAAAGAGACUGCAUGAAAUGGGAGAUUAUUCAAAUAUGAUGUUCGGAAUGAGUCACAUUGUGCAUAAUGCACAAAUUGGAAUAUCUAUAGAGCCUAUAACAAACGUUCAUGACAUACCAUCUCCGAAUAAUUUAGAAUCUAAUGUUACAUUCGCCCAAAAGAUGUUAGAAAAUUUUAUGAAUUAUAUUCUUAGUUACACAGUCAAUCAAGGUAAUAUGGUGCCAGAUCCAACUGUAACAUAUGUUCCACUUUCUACUGUGCAGAACUGGUAUGUGAAUUUUGAACGAAGACUGCAACAAAAUCCAAAUUUUUGGAAGUAAUUUCAACUAUGUGUGCUUUUUAUAUUAUUUUUUGUUUUUUAUUUGUGCAAGUAAGAAUAAAAGAGAUUUAAAUUUUUUAAGU